AUGCAUACAUGCAACACCGCGUUGAUCAGUGAACAGACUUUUCCCGGCGAUGGGCUGCCCGUGGAGAACCGACCGCUCAUCUCGCAACUCGUCCCCAUGACCAACCUUCGAGAGGAAUACGAGAAUGGUUCCCAGACCUUCGUGAUGCAAAUCGACUGGCUCAUGAGGCAAGGAUGGGUCGGAAUCCGUCGCACGCGGGGAGAUGGUGAUUGUUUCUACCGCUCGCUGGCGUUUGCCUACAUUGAGCGGAUCUUGCACGCCACCGAACCGACGAUGGCGGUCAUCAGUGCAAUCUCCGUUCUCGAGACCACGCCCUCGCUCCUCGAACGAGUUGGGUUUCAGAAGCUGGUGUUUGAAGACUUCUACGAUGACUUCCUGGGUCUCAUUAAUGCAGUCAUCCAACCGAGGCAAGAUGGCCAACUCUUGACCAUCAAUUCGCUCCUCGAGGCGUUUAAUGUCCCGGAAGUUUCGAACUCGGCGGUGAUGUACCUUAGAAUGCUCACCUCUGCGGAAAUCAAGUCAGAGGCGUCGGAGUACUCUCCAUUCCUCUUCAAUCCGGAGACAACUGAGCCCAUGGAACCCGAGAACUUCUGCAACAAUUUCGUCGAAGCGAUCGGGAAAGAAGCUGACCAUGUGCAAAUGGCCGCUCUGUCUAAGGUCCUGAAAGUGAACAUUAAUGUUGCAUACCUGGACGGGCACGACCCGCAGGGCACGGUUAGCUUCGUGCCGUUCCACAACUCACCGGACCCAGAUACGGAGCCAGUCCAUUUGCUGUACAGGCCGGGCCAUUACGACAUUCUGGACCGCCGAAGCGAGGACCCCCUUCCGCCUCUGAUCAUGUAA